AUGGAUGUGGCUUUGGCCAGUUCCUUGUACCUAGAAAUGGGUGUACUUAUUAGGAUAUUAAUGAUUGCCAUUCUGAAUCAAUUGAAUCAUUUGGGCCAUUUAGAUUCAGAAAAACAGCCUUUACUAGAUGCAAAUAUAAACAAUAUAGUUAGAUUAUGUACUCGUACAAGAUCUAAAAGAAUUGAAAAGCUUAACAUAGAACCACGUGAAAAGUUAUGA